GUAGAGUGACUGUUUUUGUGUUUUGGUUUGGGAGUGUUUUGAUUCCUAGUAAAACCAAACAAAUUCUGGACAUAAAUAUUUCUUUAAUUUGUUUAUUUUGAUUGUCCCUCAAAUAACUAACAAACGUAUUUAAUAUUUAAUUGUCCCAGUGUUAAUUAUUUAUCAUCAUGGCUGUAGAUCUUAGUAACAAAAGUAUUGUCCAGUGGUUUCCUGACCUGGAACAGCAUAGAUGUGGUUACUGCAAGAGCUCUUCUGGGAACAUUUCCUAUGGAAUGUAUGCUGAACAGUUAACUGUCGACGACUAUAAAGACCUGAUUGACAGAGGUUGGAGAAGAUCAGGAAAGUACUGUUAUAAACCUGUCAUGGAUAAAACUUGUUGCCCUCAAUACACCAUUAGGUGUGAUGCAUUAAAAUUUAGUCUUUCCAAGUCGCAGAAGAAAAUCAUAAAGAAAUUUAAUAAAUUCCUCGUGGAUCGCAAUAUUAACAAAUCUUCUCCCCAGGAGCAGCUGAACAAUGAAGAGAGUUUCAGUGAAUUGCAAGGGUAUAGUAAGCAAUGUACAAUAGAUUUUAAAAAGUCGGUAACUACAACAGAAGCAAGUUCCUCUCAUGCAAAUGAAAAUACUCCAAGUACAUCAAAUCAUGUUCAAAAUUCACAGCCAACCACUUGUAAGGAAAAUAUUAAUAACACACAUUCAUCAGAGGGUUCUGUGAUGUCUAAUACACCAAAUGAAAAAACUUGUGAUAAAAAAGUUAUAAAAGAAGGUCAAGGGGCGGAUCCUAAUAGACCUCCUUGCCAGAAGGCAAAAGUACUGAGGUUAGAGCGUAAAAAAGAAAAGUUGUUAAAAAGAGGCAUGGACGUUGACUCUAUUAAUAAGCCUCAUCCUGAUAAGGCUAAAUCAUUGGAACAGUUUUUAAAGGAAAUACCUUCAGCGGCCAAGCACAAACUUAAGCAAAAACUUAUAUCAACAAGUAUAUGUGGGGAAGACUGGGAAGCAAAUAAACAUAUUGAAUUUGAACUGUAUAAAAAGUAUCAGUUAAUUAUACACAAUGAUCCCCCUGAAAAACUAAGUAUGAAGAGUUUUUCUCGAUUCUUAGUUACCACACCUCUUAAGAUCGUGCUAGCAAGGAUGUCAAUAAAUCAUGAAUCUUUUACUUUAAGUGCUCAGCUAUAUGCCAAUUACCAAAUGCAUAUUCAUAAUGAGAGCAUCGAAGAGUGUGGUAGCACCGAAUUUUACAAUUUCUUAGUCAACACACCUUUAAAGCCAAAGCCUUUUUCGAACGACGCCAAAAGUCCUGGAUAUGGAUCGUUUCAUCAACAGUAUUGGAUUGACGAUAAACUUAUAGCUGUGGGUGUCAUCGACAUCUUACCAGAAUGCGUCAGCUCAGUAUAUUUUUUCUACGAUCCUGAUUAUAGAGAAUUAACUUUAGGUACAUAUGGGUCUUUAAGGGAGGUCCAACUGGUCCAAGAACUGCAAACUGAAAUACCAAACCUAAAAUAUUACUAUAUGGGAUUUUACAUUCAUUCAUGUCCUAAAAUGAGGUACAAAGGUAAACUUAGUCCUUCCGACCUUUUAUGCCCUGAAACCUACCGAUGGUUUCCAAUAAGCAAGUGCCUGCCCAAAUUAGAUAUCGACAAAUAUUGCCGAUUGAAUGAAGACAUCGAUGAAAUCGAUACGAAUUUGUGUAGUUCCAAGGAUGUCGAUAACAUUAAAGUCGUAUGUGAUCAUCGGCUGAUGAGUGUUAAAGAUUAUUUGAGGAUUUAUAAAGCAGAACGCGGUGAUAUAGAAAAUUUGGCGUUGCUGGUUGGGAAAAAGUCAGCGCAGUCGAUUAUAUUUUGGAUGGUGUAGAGGAAAAGGAAGAAAAAUAGGGUUUUCGUUAAUAUGAUAUUUCUUAAACGUUUUAAAAAACGAGAAAACAAAUAUCAAAUUUUGCGAAUAAAAACCAUAGGGAAUGUUUUAAGAGUCAACGUUAUUUAGUAGACAUUUUCUUGCUUAUAUUUAUUUAUUUUCUGCUUGAUUUGCUAUGUAAAUAUAUUUGCCGAUCUACCAGACGGAAAACAAUAUAUUUUGUUAACAUUAACAUUUUUUGUAAAAUUAGUUUGUUAAUAUAUAAAAACAAAAGA